UGUGCGUUUAUGAUCGUGUACCACGUGAUGAACACAAUGCGACUGCAACCGGCAGCCGCUCGGAUUUUUUAUUUGUAGUUUUUUUAUAUUAAUAUAUAUACAUGAUUUAGUUUCAGAAGUUAUGACGGAAAUAUUUUCAACUUUGUUCGGACUAAAUGACGCACAGCCAUCCACGGGGCCAGCAGGUUUGGGUUUCGCCGCCGGUAAACCUCCACCGCCGAUGCCGUCAAACCAAGCGCCGGUGGCGGCUCAGAUUCCAGGACAGCUCGGGGAUGAGGGGCCUACACUGCGAAAACCCGGAGCCAUGAACGAACCUUUCUAUUUACUUCGAGAACUGCCCGUUGGAAGCGACCUGACGGGAAACACGAACCUCAUCACGUAUUAUAAUCUGGAACACGCGUUUAAUAAAUUCUGCGGCAAGAAAGUGAAGGAGAAACUGAGCAACUUUUUACCAGAGUUACCAGGUAUGAUAGACUGUCCAGGGAUUCAAGAUGGCAGUUCUCUGCGCUCUCUCAUAGAGAAACCUCCGGUCUGUGGAAACUCUUUCAGUCCGCUGACAGGAGCUCUACUCACCGGAUUUCGAUUACACACUGGCCCGCUUCCAGAGCAGUACAGACUGAUGCACAUACAGCCGCCAAAGAAAAAGAGCAAACAUAAAAACCGACAUCCCCGACCUCAGGAUCCUCUGCCACCAGAGACCCCCUCAGAUUCUGACCCCAAGAAGAAGAAGAAAAAGAGGGAUGAUGAUCCCGAUCGCAAGAAGAAAAAGAAAGACAAGAAGAAAAAAAAGAAUCGACACAGUCCUGAUCACCCUGGUCUUACUGGAUCUCAACCCAACAGCAACAGCCUGAGAUAGAACCAGUGUGUGUGUGUGUGUGUGUGUGUGUGAGAGAGUGUGUGUGAGAGAG